GCUCUCUCACUUCACUCCUCAUCCCUUCGUCCGCUGUUUGUACGUUUGUUUGGCUGUAUUGUGUGUGUGUUGUGUGUGUGUGUGUGUGUGUGUGUGGGCAAGGAGGGCUAUCAUGGACUCUGUGGCUCCUUUUGUGCUGCUUUUGCUGCCCGGCCUCCAUUGGACAGCUGCCGAGGACACGAGCUGGACCUACACUGGCAUGGUGGGUCAGUCGGAGUGGUCGGAACAUUUUCCCGAGUGCGGUGGUUCCUCGCAAUCUCCCGUUGACGUGGUGACCACCCAAACUAAAUAUGACGCCAGGCUGACCCCGCUCACCCCGCUGGGCUACGGUCAGCACGGCAACAGACCCUUCACGCUCUACAAUAAUGGACACACGGCUGUUAUCGAACUGCCGGACUGGAUGACCCUGGGCGGUCUCCCGUGGCUCUUCUCGGCCGUGCAGAUGCACCUUCACUGGGGCAGCGGCGGCCCCAGUUCCGGAGGCAGUGAACACACCAUCAACGGCCAGAGCGCAGAAGCAGAGCUGCACGUGGUGCACUACAACUCCGAGCUCUACCCCAACGCGUCCGCCGCCAUGGCGCAAAGGGACGGCCUGGCUGUCUUGGGAAUUCUCAUCGUGAUAGGUGAGGAGACCAACCCGCACUUCGACAACAUCAUCAACUUCCUGAGCCGCAUCAGACAUGCAAACCAGAAAGUGUUGAUCCCAGCCUUUGACGUGCAGUCGCUACUCCCCAAAGAUCUGGGACGCUACUAUCGCUACAACGGCUCACUGACGACGCCGCCCUGCUACCAGAGCGUCAUGUGGACUGUGUUCCACGAGAGGGUUCAAAUCUCAAAGGCUCAGCUGCUGAAGAUGGAGACCAUCCUGUACUCCAGCCAAGCGGGAGAUCCCGAGCGGAUGUUGCUGCAGGACAACUAUCGCGCCACGCAGCCGCUGAACCACAGGGUCGUCUUUGCCUCCUUCACUGCAGAGUCGGGCAAGGAGCUCUCUUCAGGUGAGGUCACCGCCAUCGUGAUCGGCAUCAUGUGCGGCUGCGUGGGCCUUGCCGUCAUUGUCCGGUUUAUCGUCAAGACCGUACGAUUUUGCGCUCUCCUCCACCGUGAAACGGCCGCGGUAAACAGCUCGACCUCUAGCUGGGACGUCCUUACCAAUAACCGGCCAGCUCCAAUGCAAAGGAUGAAGGAGACCGAGAAAGCAAGAGAGAAACAACAAGAGAUGGUUCUUAACUCCACUUCUCAAGCAGAGAAUCGAUCGCUCCCUCAAAGCGAGCCUUAGUUAGCCAGACGCGCAACUUUCCAGGACAAAAAGAACUGUUGGAACUCAUCCAUGACAGGAAAAUCCAGCUUUGUAAUGCAAGUAUAGGAAGGAAAUACAGUAACGUGGAUGAAGUCAUGAGCGCCUACAUGGAGUGAUGGUGGCAAACAUCUCGUGAGUUUGCACGCGAAGCACUUAAAUAUGUCACUUUGCUGGCUCCUUUUGUUUUCAAAGUGUUUUACGGCCGUCUGACAUGCGUGAAUUGUUCGUGUAAAUACGUUGUACAGUGUUUUUUUUUUUUUUUUGGUCCUCUUUUUUGAUUCAGCCAUUUUUCCAUCAUCUCCAUCCUGCCUUCAAGCACAAGCACGAACUGCACUGACUGAAAUGUUGAUGUGUUCCAUUUCUAUACUAUAUCCGAUGUAUUCUUGUAUUAUUAGCCUGCUCAGGGAUUUGAGCAUGAAGGCAAAACGGGAGUCAGCAACGUCAACGGCCGGCCCGCUCCAAUCGGCACAUACGAGUCGAAAACAAAAUAUGACUUCCGGUGCAGCAGAAGGUCUCUUAGCAAUUGUGUGUUGUCAUUUUGAAUUGUAAUCGUAUAUUGAACAGGCGCAACACAAUUAAACCUAAAAAGCGCUUUGACCGU